GACGUCUACGCGCACCGCUCGUAACCCGUAACGCACGCGAUUACGCAUUUUACGUCUACUCACCGGAAUGUAAAUAUUUAUGGAUGUCAGUUUUCAGUUGUUUAGAUUGGCUGUGAAAUUCAAGGUGAAAUGAAAUCAACAAGGCGUGUUCGGGUACAUGAAGAUGCUAUACGUCAUAGUGAGUGUAAGCGUGGCGGCGAUCGGCUGGCGACGCCUCGGAUGUCGCUGCUGGGAAAGCCGCUCAGCUACCGCGCUACGCGACGCGACGCGCGAUAUCGACGCCUUCAAUCAAAAUUCUAUAAUUUCCUUGAACGGCCAAGGGGUGUAAAGGCCGUCCUAUAUCAUAUGAUUGUGUUCCUGAUGGUGUUCAUGUGUUUGUCGCUAUCGGUAUUCUCAACAAUAGAAGAAUACGAGGCAAAGGCUGGAAUAAUUUUGUUCUACAUGGAGACGGUAGUUGUCGUCUGGUUCGCAAUAGAAUUUGUUUUAAGGUUAUGGUCAUCAGGAUGCCGGUCAAGGUACCAAGGAUCUAUGGGGCGACUCAAAUUUUUGAGGCGACCUUUCUGUAUAAUAGAUGUCACGACCAUCCUGGCAUCAAUGGUUGUGCUGGGGAUGGGAUCCUCGGGCCAAGUGUUCGCAGCAUCAGCACUGCGAGGUCUGCGUUUCUUCCAAAUCUUGCGCAUGGUACGGAUGGAUCGGCGCGGUGGCACGUGGAAACUUCUAGGCUCAGUUGUUUACGCACAUAGACAGGAAUUAAUAACUACGCUUUACAUAGGGUUCCUGGGGCUUAUAUUCGCAUCAUUUUUGGUUUAUUUAGCGGAAAAAGAUGUCGCCGAUACAAAGUUUAAGAAUUUUGCCGAAGCUCUGUGGUGGGGUGUUAUCACGCUGUGCACGGUGGGGUACGGCGACAUGGUCCCGCAAACCUGGCAAGGCAAAUUCAUCGCCUCCUUCUGCGCGCUACUCGGAAUAUCAUUCUUUGCCCUUCCCGCUGGUAUUUUAGGUUCGGGGUUCGCUUUGAAAGUCCAACAGCAACAACGACAGAAGCACAUGAUCAGAAGACGACAACCAGCUGCCACACUUAUACAGGCGCUGUGGAGAUGUUACGCCGCGGAUGAACACUCUAUGAGCAUAGCGACCUGGAAAAUACAUCAAAUUCCCCUGCCGAGUCCACAAACAAGUCGGGUGAUGAGUGCAUCAUUCAAGAACAAUGCUUCCUUUGUGUCGCGGUUGCCGACAAUCCGCCGUCACAAAAGUACCUCCCUGCAUUCCCCCGCACCACACACCAAGCCCGCGCAUCGAUACGACGUCAACGCCAGUGCAGAAAACCUUGGCGCGACGAACGGCCGCUCAGGGCGCACUCGGGCUUUCAACCCUUCCUACAGCGAGGAUUCAGUGGCCGAGACAGCGCUCUCCAAGAAAAACUCCGACGACGAGGACGAGGAGCCGCGUUGCGUCACGUUAACUCCGCGCCACAAAGCUGCCAUUCGUUUUAUAAGAAAGCUCAAGUAUUUUGUCGCACGCAAGAGAUUUAGAGAAGCCUUGAAACCUUAUGAUGUGAAAGAUGUCAUAGAACAAUACUCGUCGGGACAUGCUGACCUCCUAAACCGAACCAAGAACCUGCAGUACAGGUUAGACCAAAUUCUUGGCAAGCAAGGAUCUAAAGCAAAGGACGUCUAUGCAUCAAAAAUCAGUCUAGCUUCCAGAGUAGUAAAAAUAGAAAGACAAGUAGAUGAUAUAGAAAGUAAGUUAGAUCAUUUAUUAGAAUUGUAUGAAGAGGACAGGCGGUCUUUGCGAAGGAUAGAUAACACAGGCACAGAAAGUGGGGCAUCUGGUGAUAUGCAGCACAGAAUGCGACCAGCUCUGACAGACAAACAGUGUUCCGAACCGAAUUCGCCUAUAUCUCGAAACUUUGAGCCACCGCCCCCAGUGUCAGCACCACCAAUACCGCAUAAACGACCAAUGAAUAGGGGCUAUUCUGAUCUGGGAACUAGAUUUAUGCGAAAGAAAGUCAUUGUCAAAACAUCUUCUAGUCGUUGCUGCGAAUCACCAAGAGAUGAUGAAGUAGUAAUAGUGGUACCAACAGACCGUGAAGAUACACCACCUCGGCUCGCGACAGACAGUUCAGAGGUUUGUCCAAGCUGUUCAGUAGAGGUAGAAACGGAGGCAGAGGUGGGUGGCACGAGGUCUGACAGCUCCGGGUCUCCAUCUUGGUGCGAAGGCGAGGCAGGCGAUGAGCGAGGCUACGGUUCCGUCGACUCGCUGGCUGAGGAUGCAGCUUUGCUAGGCGACUCUGUGCAACCAGACCACCACCCACGAAUUAUGCGACCUCAGAGGCGGGAUGUUGCCGUUGAUCUACAUCUUCUACGCCCAGAUGUAUGAACCCCACCAAUAUAUUCAAAAACAUUUCCGUUCCGAAAGCUAGUGUGUGCUCCAACUUGCAUUCGCACAAAAUUCGCAUAAAGUUUGCUGUUAUGUCACAAUUUUCUGAAAACUAUUGUAAAAAGCAAGGAAGGUUUGGUUCAGUGUGACUUUAUAAAUUAAAUAUACAACGAUAGAGUGAAAUUUAACGUUAUCGAUUCCACUCGUAAUAAUAAUAUCGUUUAAGGUAUUGUAUAAAGACCAAAGACUCGAUGUAGACACUAGACGUAGUAAUUAAGGAAUAAAGGUCCUUUUCAAUACAUUUUGUUAAAAACGCCUCUCAUAUCAUCGUUGAAGUACAUUUAUUAUCGGUAAAUAUCCCCUUUACAUCCCGUUUUUUUCAUAAUUUGAACUAAGAUAAAACUAUUAUUAUUCAAGCAACAAUGUUCCCGUAAAUUAACUCUAAUAGAAUAUAAUUUUUACAAUAGGUAUGUAGUUUUUCACAAAUGUAUUGAAAAGCAUCGAAUAAAACAUGGUAAUUACAUUUUUGGUGCUAUCUGCCCUUCUACUGAGGUAACAAUCUUCGCCUUAAAUGUAACUACCAACAAAUGCACUCUUGUACCAUAAUGGUUAAAAACUAAUUAGAUACCGCUUAAAACGCCUGUUGCUUAUAAAUAGCUAAUAAGAACUCUACAAGGUUUAAUUGAAUACUUUGAUGAAUUUUUAGGAAACUAUGAAUUAUUACUUAGUUUAAAACAAUAAUUUACUCUAUGCAAAAACGUAUAAGAGGGAAUGUGAGUACUUUUAUAACGGCCAUUCCUUCAUAAAAU